CCGGACUUCGCGGGGCAGCUGGAGGCGCUGCUGCCCGCGCUGGCGGCGGCGGCGGCCGCGGCGGGGCUGGGCCCCGCGCUGCAGGCGCGGCUGCGGGGCACGGAGGCCAUGCUGCGGGAGGACCCGAGGCUGCAGACCAGCGCGUUCUGUGCCGAGGAGCUGACCUGGAAGAGCGCGCGGUUCGAGCCCUGCACCGCGCUCGGCAGGUGGCUCGCAGAGCUCGGCCAGGACGGCGGCCCGCCGGCUGGGGGCUGGGCCGGCGUCCUGCGGGAGCCCGGCGUCGCGGACGCGCUGCAGGCACGCCUGGACGGCCUGCACGACCCGCGGUGGGACCUGCACGCGGAGCUCGGCGCCGCCGAGGAGGAGGCCACGCGCAUCAUCGACGAGGCCCACGGCUGCUGGUGA